AUGAUAUUUACAGCAUUGCACUUUAAAGAAGUCUUCCCUCGAUUCCAAGAUCGUGAGCCAAAUUAUAGAUAUCUUCCUGACCACGAAGAAUGGGAUAAAGUUGAAAAAAUAGCUGAAGUUCUACAAGUGAUCAAUUGUGCAACCAAUAUCAUAUCUGGAAGUGAAUAUCCUACUGCCAACCUUUAUCUUACUGAGGUAUUUCGCAUUAAAUUAAUUUUGGAUGAAGCUGUUAAUAGUGGACCUUUUUUCAUCAAGGAAAUGGCUGCCAAAAUGAAACUAAAGUUUAAUAAAUAUUGGAGUGAAUGUAACCUUCUCAUGGCUAUUGCUACUGUUUUGGAUCCCAGAUGCAAAUUGACAGGUCUUAAAAUGUGCUUUCAGCAGAUAUAUGGGCAAGAAGCUACAAGAAAUAUGACAUUGGUGCAUCAAAUCAUGACAGAAAUGUAUCAAGAGUAUGUCAUUCUAUCCAACGAGCAAGAAGGAUCAACUUCACUGAGUGCAAGUGGUGAAAGUAGUAUCAACUCUACAAUGCAAAGUUCAAAUUUCUCACAAACUGGGUGGUCAAUAAUGAUAAAUUUUGUAAAGAAUGAAGAAGCAGUUUCAGCUUUAAAAUCUGAAUUAGAGACUUACUUGGAUGAACCAAAAUAUUUUCAAAGAGAACAUGAUAUAACUAGCUUCAGUGCUUUAGAAUGGUGGAAGGUAAAUCGUGGAAAAUAUAGGAUAUUAUCUAGAAUGGCAGCUGAUGUUCUUGCUAUUCCAAUCUCAACUGUGGUUUCAGAGUCAACUUUUAGUGCUGGUGGAAGGGUAAUUGAUACGUUUCGAUCCUCACUAAGUCCGACUACAGUUGAAGCUUUAAUUUGUGGAGGAGAUUGGCUUCGAGUUUUUUAUGGCCUAAGAAACAAGUCUAAGGUUGAAGAUAGCUCUGUGGAGAUUACAUUAACAAUUUAA